AUGAAUUUUCGAACUCCCUAUCGCCUAACGGACACCAUCGAGAUCAUCGAAACGCCCGGUCACACGCUGUCAUGCGUCUCGGUGCUGGUCCGGGCUAGCAACCUAGCCCCAACCGGACUGGUUGUCAUCGUGGGGGACCUCUUCGAGCGGCAUCAGGACAUCGCCGACGAACGGCUGUGGCUGGAUGCCGGCAGUGAGAACCCCACGGCACAGCGUCGCAAUCGCGCGAAACUAGCGAUGCUGGCCGAUGUCAUAAUACCCGGCCACGGGGCACCGUUUCCGGUCGAUCAGCAGCUAAGAGCGAGCCUAAGCUCGCAGGUCCCACAAGGCGAGGAUUGA